AUGGCCACCCCGACGACGCCGCUGCUCAAGGACGAGCUGGACAUCGUCAUCCCGACGAUCCGCAACCUCGACUUCCUGGAGAUGUGGCGGCCCUUCUUCCAGCCCUACCACCUCAUCAUCGUGCAGGACGGCGACCCGAGCAAGGUCAUCAAGGUGCCCGAGGGCUUCGACUACGAGCUCUACAACCGCAACGACGUCAACCGCAUCCUCGGCCCCAAGGCCUCCUGCAUCUCCUUCAAGGACUCGGCCUGCCGCUGCUUCGGGUACAUGGUCUCCAAGAAGAAGUACAUCUACACCAUCGACGACGACUGCUUCGUUGCUAAGGACCCAUCAGGAAAGGACAUCAAUGCGCUCGAGCAGCACAUCAAGAACCUUCUGAGCCCUUCAACUCCAUUUUUCUUCAAUACUCUGUACGACCCUUACCGUGAGGGUGCUGAUUUUGUUCGUGGGUACCCCUUCAGCCUUCGCGAGGGUGCCCCAACUGCUGUGUCUCAUGGGCUUUGGCUCAACAUUCCAGACUAUGAUGCCCCUACCCAGCUUGUCAAGCCUCGCGAGAGAAAUAACAGGUAUGUUGAUGCUGUUCUUACAAUCCCGAAGGGUACCUUGUUUCCUAUGUGUGGAAUGAACCUCGCGUUUGACCGUGAGCUCAUUGGUCCUGCAAUGUACUUUGGCCUUAUGGGUGAUGGCCAGCCUAUUGGUCGCUACGAUGAUAUGUGGGCUGGAUGGUGCACCAAGGUGAUUACUGAUCAUUUGAGCCUGGGUAUUAAGACUGGUCUGCCCUACAUCUGGCACAGCAAAGCAAGCAACCCGUUUGUGAACCUAAAGAAGGAAUACAACGGCAUCUUCUGGCAGGAGGAGCUGAUCCCCUUUUUCCAGUCUGUGACUCUCUCAAAGGAGGCCACCACUGUCCAGAAGUGUUACCUUGAGCUGGCCAAGCAGGUGAGGGCGAAGCUCGGCAAGGUGGAUGGCUACUUCAACAAGCUUGCUGAUGCCAUGGUCACAUGGAUUGAGGCCUGGGAUGAGCUCAACCCACCAAAGGGUGCCAUUACCACCACAAACGGCCCUGCUCUGAAGAGCAAGUGAGACUGUGAAAGGCAGUAGCAUACAUAUACAGUUUGCAUGUUCAUGUGAACUAUCCAUACUGAAAUACUCCUGUUUUGGUUAGUGCCGAUGAGAUGAGAAAUAUCACUUCGUUGUAACUUAAAUAUUACCUUCUUCCCUGGACAACUGCCCUGGUGGUUUUAGGGAAUUUACAUUUUUGCUUGUGUGGGACAGUUGUAUUGUCGGAAUCGGAUCACCUUCAAAUAGAAUAAAGUUACUUGUUUCUCGGAUUAA